GCUCAUAGCCAAUUCGACUCAAGAGAGUGUUCGUGGCGUGCCGCCCGAGGCCUUGGAGAGGCCUUCGCACGAUUUACCCUUCAUGGAGAUGCUUCGAGGCAUCUGGAGCCCAGCUCCUGCAGUCACGCGCUCCAUCGCGGUGUUGCCCUUGGUAUUCCAUUUCUUCGCGCUCGUCGGUUAUUCGUCCUACCUGGAGGUGGUCCUGGACUUGUCGCUGGCUGGCGUGAAGCAGGGCCGGGUGACGGGAAUACUCCUGUCGUGCCUGUGGGCCCCGCCCGCAGGGCUCUUGAGCAGCCUCUUCGCGCUGUUCCUGGCGUACGGGGUGCUGAACUCUGUGGCCGGCAUGGAGCGCGCCCUCGGCUCGGGCAGGCUGAUCCUGUGGGUGGUCUCUUCCACGGUGGCCGUGAACCUGCUCUUCCUGCUGCUCGCCUUUGCCCUGGACGCCCUGUCUCCGCUGGUAGGCCUGCCGCCCAUCUGGGCCCGGGUGCCGUGCCACGGCCUCGUGGUCCUGGCGGUGCUCUCGAUCACGGCGAGCAAGAUGAUGAAUCCAGAGGUGCAGACUCUCUUCUUCGGCCUCAUCCCCAUGAAGAACAAGUACUACCCGCUCGCCCUGGUGGCGUUCUUCGUCCUGCUCAGCGGCCCUAUGGCGCUGGGCGACGUGGCGGCAGUUGCGGUCGGAUAUCUCCACAAGCGCCUUGGGCUGCAGGGUGAGCUGCUCUCCGAGCAUACGCUUACCAGGCUGGAGUCUUCCCGGUUCGCGUGCAUCUGCGGCAGGGGGCUCUUCGGCGGCCGCUGGGUCCCGGUGCGGGAGUCCGUCGGUGGCACUGGGCUCGACGGCGGUGCCCCAGUGCUUCCGACGACAUCCGCGGGUGGCGGGGGCUACACGCUGAUAGGC